AAAUAAACAAAGAAAAAAUAUAAAAAAUCAUGAAACCCACUGUGAUAGCCAAUGCUAAUGCAUCAGCAUCUGCCGGUCCUGGUGGUAACGGUGCCACCAAUGGCGGCAUUACCAUACCAAUUAAUCACGAAUAUCAUGGCCCACCACCGGCAGCAGCAACACAGUCACAACCCCAACAAUAUCACACACAGGCCCAACAUUUUGUAGGUGGAGAUCCACAGGCAACAGCAUAUGGGUCACCAAGCAGUCGGCAGCAAAUACCACAGCAACAGCAAAUUCCAGCACACUUCCAGCAGGACUUUGAUUUCGAUCCACACGUUGACAUGGACAUGUUUCCACGCAGCCGCUUAGGACGCAUGGCCCAUGAUCCGUUCGCUGACUUUGGUGCCUCACACUUUGGUUUCCCACAAUUCAACUCGUUGGGCCGUCGACGUGUCCAGAAUCCACACCACGAUGAAGAUUUCUUCAAUCGUUUGCCCAGCGAAUUUCGUCAAUAUAUACCCGAAGGCUUUGGACAUCGUCGUGCCACCACAGCUGGCAUGGCACCCACCACAGUACAUCCGCAGCAGGUGCCACCACAACAACAACAUCCUCAGCAACAGCAGCCACAAAUGCCACCACAGCAACAACAACAAAUGCCACCGCAUUACUAUCAACCAAUGACACCACCAACACCCUCUAAGACGGUCUGUGACGCUGCCAUACAAACUGAAGAUCCAAAUGCCGGACGUUCGGAAGUCGAUCAUGCUGUGAACACCGAUCAUCUCAAUCAGCAUGGCUUGCGCAAUACCAUGGAUAUGGGAGUUAAAUCGGCUGCUGAAAAUGAGCCAGCUGGUGCCAGAUCCCACUCAGCUCCACCCAAUGAACCACCACAGCAACAACAGCACAUUUAUCAUCCACAACAACAGCAACAAAUACCGGUGAAUGGACAACGUCAAACGCCACCCAUGCAGCAACCCCAGCCUCAAAUGAGACAUCCACAGUUCGGCACACAAACUAGUCCACCAGUCCAAAAAGCCUACUAUGCUCCUCAGGCCCAGGCACACCCUCAGCAAAAGCAACAGACACCACCACCGCAAACUCCCGGUGGCACAUACAUACGUACCAUACCCAUAUUCGUGGAGGGUCGUGCUGAGCCCAUUAUCAAUAACAGGGAAAUACCGAAUCAAAAUGCCACACCAAGCUCCGCCUCGGCCCGGGCUUACACACCACCCAAACAACAAUAUCAGCCACAAUCACCUUUCCAAUUCCCACAACCACAGGCCCAAACACAGGGUGCCCAACAACAACGUCCCACACCCAUCAAUACUCAGCAGCAGCCACAGCAACAACAACAGGGCCAACAGAACACCGGUCUGCCACCACAAACUCCACACACAGUCGACUCCAUCAACAAAAUCCAAGAUAUUCAACGUGAUGUCUUGGAACUGAUGACCCGUGUAGAAAAAUUCACCGGUACUCGCAGCGACAAGGAGUAUGCCUAUCUCGAUGAGAUGCUCACCCGCAACCUCUUGAAACUGGACAACAUCGACACCAAUGGCAAGGAAAGCAUUCGUUUGGCCCGUAAGGAAGCCAUUAAGUGUAUACAGGCUUCGAUCAAUGUCCUGGAGGCCAAGGCUGAGGAGAACACCAAGGCAGCUGAAAAUAAGAACGGUUCGGAGAGCGCUGAGGCACCACAGAAAAGCUCCUCGGGUAAUAAAGUAACCAAAGAAUCUUCACAAACCAAGGUAGAGGCUCAACAGCCCGACGAGCCUGUCGAUGCCAAUAAAAUCCAAGAGCCCAUCCCACUGCCACCACCAGAGGGUAUGGUGGUCGAAAACAAAACCGAAACACCUGCAGAAGCCAAUGUCACAAAAUCAGAAGAGGAGAGUAAAGAAAGCACGGCGCCAGCAGGAAAGUCCACUGAGCAAGCCAAGGAGGAGGCCAAGGAUGCUGAUGCUGCCACACCCGCUGCUGCUGAAACGAAAUGA